AUGGCGAAAUGCCGGGCAGCAUUCCAAGCCACGCCAUUAAAAAAAGUAACUAUUCCGGUUCGUACCGACGGAGGUUUUCCUUCAGCCCGCGCUUCUGUGCAUUCCAAGAUGACGAAAUGGCGGCGGUCUUUCUUCUUCAUCAGAAGCGUCGUUGCACACUGCGAGUCGGCUUGUUUAGCGGGGAGCCCGCUCCAGAAGUAUUGCACCUGUGCAGCAGCUGCUGUUAACACUGAGAACGCAGCAAAGGCGUUUGGUGCUUCCUUCUGCACGGUGUACAGCAGCAACAGCAACACCAAUAACAACGACACUAACAACAACACCAUCAUCAUCAGCAGCAGCAGCAGCAUCGACAUCAUCAGCAUGGACGACAUAUCGUGGGUGCCGUGCUGGUGUCCUGUGCCUGUGGUUGGCGCUUCGCGUGCAGUGGCUGGGGUUUUCUUGAAUAUGUUGCGGCCUCACGAUCCACUGCAAGGCGUUGCGGGCUCUGCUCCUUCUUCGGGGUAUCUGCGUCAGAGUGUGCGGUUUAAAAUGGUGAAGUCCUCCGCCUAUCACCGUCGUAGCCGCGCAUCGCCUACGGGUCAGAGCCAGAAGGCGCACCUGGGGGUGCGGCGAUUGUCAGCUGAGUUUGUUUCUCCAGGGUGUUUGCUGGUGAAGCAGCGGCGGUAUAUAGCGUGGGGAUUUGAAAGUAAAAGAAGAAAGCGACAUCAGAAAAUAUACCCUGGAGAGAAUGUAGGAGUUGCUAAAGAUUCUUCUCUGGUGGCUUUGGUUCACGGCCGCGUUAAGUAUACUCAUGAGGUGUCUAGACAGCUGCUUCUGUGCAAUGUUUUACCUGAGCCUCGCGAAGAACUUCUUCGCAGUGAUCUGUGGAGAUACAGAACAGAACAUGUGCAAAGCAAAGAAGAAAACAGACAUAUUUGCCAUUUAAGAAGAAAAGCAAUUCCUUCAUUCCCUAAACCCCUCAUUAACCCACCAACAAAACCUCUACCCAGGCCCAAGUAUCUCAGCAGAAAAGAUGCGUGGCAGAGCCCAACACUCCCGGAUGCUCCUUCUCUUUGCGAAGAUAAAUAA